CCAAAGAAGAAGAAAGUGAAACUGGACGACACAGGUUUACGAAAUGUCGUCUAAAGAUCAUGUUGUCAUGAACGUUGCGUUUGUUAAAUAGUCAUUUUAACACCCGAUACUUCUGCGUUGUGUUCCGUUGUCUAGCUGCUAUCAGGUCCUGCGUGUUAAGAGUUUAUUUAAAGGUCCUGUGCGUUCACGUGGCGCCGUGAGCACGAGAGGAAACAUGCCGCGCGGCAUCAUGGAGAAGCAACACAGCAGCUACACAGAAAAUGACGGAGCUGAAGAUGAUGAAGAUUACAUAGGUGAUGAUGAUGAGCGAGAUCACACGAAGAAUGACAAAAGUGAGGAUGACGAAGAGUUUAAACUUGAUGAUGUGUUACGCAUGGGCGGCACUAAGUCAGAUUAUAUCAUGUUGGCUGGCCUUGCCGACACCGCCGAGCUUAUUAAUGGUGGAAAGAAGAGCGCAAUCGAUGAUCUAGAGGAGGGGGAGCUGGAAGAUUUCAUCAAAAAGUUGGGCAUCCGCACUUAUGCAGAGCAACAGAUCAUUCAAGAUGAGGAUGGACAAAAUGAAACCUCUUCAGAACUGACCAAAAAGGAAAAGAAAAAGGCAAAAACUGCCAAAACGAAAGAGGAUGCAAAGCCUGUUACAAAGCAAUUAACACAAGGCACAAAAACCCCUGUCCCGUCCGCAGACCUUGGCACAGGAAAAAAGGCCAAGCAGAAAAACGUCAACUUAUUUGAGUUUCAUCCAAGACAAACUUUGCUCAUCAAACCCGGGGGGAAGUGGUUUGACAUAGAGUACACCUCAGAGGGCACGUCUGAAGUUCAAAACGAAUCUCUGGUCUCUCAGUAUAAAGCGUUAGCUCAGAAACUAUAUGAGGCCGAAACGGGCAUGUACAAAAGCAAGAAGAACUUCCAGAAAGGUGCCAAUUCCACCUGGAUGAAGAGUGUGGUGUCCACAGGAACGCUUGCUGAUAGGAUGGCAGCUUUGACCGUGCUAAUCCAGGAUGCUCCUGUUCACUCUCUAGAGCACAUCGAGAAUGUUGUGUCUCUGGUGAAAAAGACCGGAAGUCGCAGGCAGGGCCUGAUGGCUCUGGACACCCUGAAGGAACUUCUGCUUUCGGACUUGCUUCCGGAAAACCGUAAGCUUCGUACCUUCUCUCAGCACGCUUUCGAUAAGCUGGAGGAAAAAGCCAGCGGCAAUAAAGACGCACGAGACCGCAGGCUCAUCCUCUGGUACUUCGAACACCAACUAAAACUCCAAAUAGCCGAGUUUGUGGUCGCCCUGGACAGACUGAGCCACGAUACGGUCCAGGCCACUAAAAUCCGAGCGCUCACCACCGCUUUUGAGCUUCUCUGUAACCGACAGGAACAGGAGAAAGCGCUUCUCAUACAGGUCGUCAACAAAUUAGGAGAUCCCGAGUACAAGAUCGCCUCCAAAGCCACUUACCUGCUGGAGAUGUUGCUUCAUAAACACCCCAACAUGAAAGUGGUGGUCUGCUGCGAGGUGGAACGUCUCAUGUUCAGGUCUAACAUAAACCCCAAAGCUCAGUACUACGCCGCAUGCUUCCUAAACCAAGUGAUCCUGAGCCACGAGGAAGAAGACCUGGCCGCCAAACUCAUCACCAUCUACUUUACGUUUUUCCAAACGUGCGUCAACAAGGACGAAGUGGAGUCUAAAAUGCUCAGCGCUCUCCUGACGGGAGUGAACAGAGCCUAUCCGUACGCGAAGAUCGGAGACGACAAAGUGUCCGAGCAGCUGGACAUGCUCUUUAAAGUGGUCCACAUUGUCAAGUUCCACACGGCUGUCCAGGCACUUAUGCUGAUCUUUCAGGUCAUGGACUCCCAGCAGACCGUUUCAGAUCGCUACUAUGUAGCUCUCUACAGGAAGUUGCUGGACCCUGGAUUGUCAUUAAGCUCAAGACAGGGCAUGUUUCUCAACCUGAUGUAUAAGUCUCUAAAGGUCGAUAUAGUGCUCAGACGGGUGAAGGCGUUUCUGAAACGCUUACUGCAGGUCAGCGGCGAGCAGAGCCCGGCCUUCACGUGCGGUGUGCUGUUUCUCGUGUCAGAGCUCUUGAAGGCCAAGCCGAGCCUCAAGUUACUGCUGCAGGUGGAAGAGGAUGAAGAUGAAGAGACGUUUCAAGACCUUAAAGAGGAGAUCAGUGAUGAAGAGGAGGAGGAGCAUGUGGGUGAAGAAAAACACGAGGAGGUGAAGCCCGCUGCAACAUGGGUACAUCAUGAAAACAUGAUAGGUGGUAAGAAAAAGGAAACAUAUGACCCCAUCCACAGAAACCCUUUAUACUGCGGGGCUGAUCAUACGGUUCUCUGGGAGCUACAGAAGCUCUCACAUCAUUACCAUCCCUCCGUUGCUCUGUUUGCCAAGACUAUCUUACAGGGAGAAUUUAUUCAGUAUAACGGCGAUCCGCUGCAGGAUUUUACACUCAUCCGAUUCUUGGAUCGCUUCGUGUUUAGGAAUCCGAAGGAAUCUAUAGGAAAACAAAACACAGACACCACACAGAUGCAACGUAAACACAGGGGGACAUUCAGCUCAAUUCAGUCAAUACCUGUCAACAGUGAGGAAUAUCUUUCCAAAGAGGAGAGUCAGAUCCCCGUGAAUGAGAUCUUCUUCUACAGGUACUUUAAGAAGCGUGAAACAGAGAAACGCUUUAAAAAGCGCAGUGGUGGAGGAGAUAAUGAGAGCGUGGAGGAUGUGGAUGAUGAUGAGUUUGAAAAAAUUCUCGAUGCUUAUGAAGGCGACAGCUAUUUCACUGAAUUCAAGGAUGAUGACUUGGACUUUGCAGGCAAUGUGAAGUCCAAAUCCAAGAAAGAUAAAGAUGGAGAAUCUGAUUCGGAUGUGGGCUCUGAUGAUGAUCUGGAUGAUGAGGAGGUGUCUCUGGGCAGCAUGGAGGACGAGUUCGCAGAUGAACUUGAGGAGGAAGGUGGCGAGUUCAUGGAUCCAGAUGAUGAAGGUGGUGAUGAUGCAGAGUUUCAAGAGGAAAUAGAGGAUUUGCCCAAUGUCAGGUCAGAAAAUGGGAAGGGAAAGAGGAAGCCGUCUGAGCAGCUGGACUUCUUUGGUUCUUCUGGCUCGCAACCAUCAAAGAAGAAAAAGACAAAAACUCAGGACCGAGGAGUGUUUGCAUCGGCUGAGGAGUUUGGGUGUUUGCUGGAUGAAAACGCAAGCUCUGCGUUUGAUAACAGUGGUAUGAAUGCAAUGGCCAAUAAAGAUAAAGCCGAUGUCAGACAGUUAAAAUGGGAAGCUCAACGCGAUGACUGGAUCCGUGGAAGAGAUGCCAAAACUCUCCGGAAGAAAAAGGCCAUGUUUAACAAAAGAAAACUGGGCAAAACCAGAAAGCCUAAGACUGUUAAAAGAAAAAAAUGAAACUAGAAACCCUUCCUUUGUGAGUUGCUUCCCUAAUGUUAUAAGAAAGGAGGCAUAAGGGACUGAAGUGUAAAGUUAAGUUUUUUAUGAUUGUGAUUGUGUAAAGUGCAGACUUUUAUUAAAUCAUUUUGUGAUUGUA